AUGUUAGGCUACUCUUUCAUUCUCAGCGUCUCUCUUGCGGCUCUUUCUAUCGAGAGUGCAUAUGGGGCAGCAUUUAUCCCGCAAAGCCCAAUAGCGAGAAGUAAGGUUUCGAUUUCUGCUCAGUCAAAAAGAGAUGGUAUUCAAGCUGCCAACGCCGAUUUUAUGCCAUUAUCGGUAGAUUUUCCAAUUACGGAGGACGGCCGUUGUGGUGUAAAUUUCGGCACCAGAUGUGAGAACGAUGAAUGCUGUUCUAGCGAAGGAUGGUGCGGAACCGGAUACUAUUACUGUUCGGCUCCUGCGUGCCAGUUUGACUAUGGUCCUCACUGCGAUGCCAAUAGGCGACCCAAAGGGGCUAACACUGAAGACUGGCCCCGAGAUCAUGUGGGUUCUGUGCCAUAUGGAGAAGCGAUUUAUCAUUGCACCAAGCCGGGCACUGUAGCCUUGACUUUUGACGAUGGCCCAUGGGACUACACCGAGAAGCUGCUGGACAUUCUUGAGGAACGUGGGGCUAGAGCUACCUUCUUCAUUACAGGUCGCAAUCUGGGAAAAGGAGCAAUCAAUGACCCAUCCACUGACUGGCCUCGUCUUAUCCAUCGUAUGAAGGCGGAUGGUCACCAAAUUGGCAGUCACACUUGGUCCCAUCAACGCCUGCCCACGGUCGACAGGUCCCGAGUCCGUCAGCAGAUGCUCUUUAACGAGAUUGCCAUUGCAGACAUUCUUGGCUUCUUUCCCACAUAUAUGCGACCCCCCUACUCUGCCAGUGAUACAAACGUUGAUGAGUGGCUCGGCGAAUUGGGAUACCACGUCACGUAUUUCAAUCUCGACACUGAAGGUUACUUGCACGAAGCUGAUAUUGAGAUCUCCCAGAUUAUUGCUGAAAAGGCAUUUGAAGGAAAGGAUCCAGAGACUGAUUCAUACCUCCAAAUCGAACACGACACAGUAGCUGAGUCAGUGCACACUCUUGUCCCGUACCUACUCGAUCUUCUUUACGACGCCGGUUUCGAGGCUGUCACUGUCGGUGAAUGUCUCGGAGAUCCAGAAGAGAAUUGGUACCGAAGUUCCCCGCUAAUGGAUCUUACCCUGCUGUUAACGCGUCCCUCCCCGUGGUUUAUCAUAACCCUACCACUGACGGUCGUUGCGGCCCUUCACAUGGCAACACUACUUGUAUGA